AUGGUUUCGGAUGCUGAAGAUCCGGUUUCAAGGCUUGUUGUGGAUGAAGGCUCCUGUAUGAGUAACAGUGGUACGGGUAGUGCACCUACUAGCACGCACACGGAGAGUCAUACAUGUGUGCACAGCAACACUAGCUCCAAGCCAAAAGAAGGAGAAGCAGGAACGCUAGCUUUGGUCUCUUCUCGAGUCUCUACGUUCCGGUGGCUGUUUCUCGUCUUCUUUGCCUGGCAGUCCGUGUUAUUGUGUAUCUGCGUGUACUUCCUGGCAGACGCGGCGCAAGUGGAGGAAUCCAUUGGGCUGUCUCCCAUUGUCUUGUCGCUCGUUUGGCUGGUUGCUUGUCUCAUUGUUGCGGGAGUCUUUGCCUUGUACGAUCGUCAAGUGCAACUUUUGAUGGGAAAGCUCCAAACAACGGCAUUUCAAGAUAAGGUUCAGGCUUUUGACACGCAGGCAGAGCUGACUGCCUUGCUCGUUGAAGACGACGACGCGGAUUUGGAACUUGGAGGUGCAGUCCACGACAAUAGAGGUAGCAGCAACUUGGAACAAGCACCUAACAGCAACAGUGGCCAUGCAUCCACAGCACUCCUGUCCUCCGCCAAAAAGCAACGGAGUGGACGAUCUCUCGUGACGCUACCCAAGAGCCAAAUCAAGUCCUUCCUCAAGAAUCCUCUCCUCCAUCAACAAAAGGUGCAACGAAACCAAAAAUCCAUCAGUAACGCUGGCAAAUACGACAGCAUUGCCGAUUUCUUUCCUCAUGCGACCGUACUUCUCGCAAACAUUGCCGGAUUCGGGCCAUGGACAUCCACACGACCUCCAGCGGAUGUCUUUUAUCUCCUCCAACAAGUCACGGAAGCUUUCGAACGCAUUGCCAAACGUCGUCGUGUCACCACGGUCGAAAGCGAUGCUUCCUUCUUUGCCGUAACCGGGGUACCCGACGUACAGAGUGAUCACGCCCUCCGUAUGAUCCAAUUUGCACAAGCAUUGGUACGGCAAUUCGUGCAGGUGGUCAAGAGACACGAAUUGGCUCUAGUGUUAGGGCCAGACACGGGCGAUUUACGCUUGCAAGUUGGUAUUCACAGUGGUCCCGUCACGGCAGGACUCUUGCAGGGAGAUAUUGUCGUACGUCCCCGCUUCCAAUUGUUGCACGCGGGAAGUGAUACGCUCGAGAUUUGUCAAACAAUGGUCACCACGGCUGAUCCCAAUCGCAUUCAAGUCUCGCAGGCCACAGCAGAGUUGGUAUUAUCGUCGCAAGAACAUGAACACCAAGGGAUUUGGUUGCAGCCACGACAUGACAUGGUCACAACAUCACGACAAUCGCGAGUCAAGGCCAUUCAAACUUACUGGCUGGGACAUCGAGCCACCGAUGAAGGUAGUUCCCACGGAUCCUUCAGCAGUCGACACGAUGAUGGAUGGGGAGGUGAAGAAGGACAACAACAGCAACAACAGGCCGAUGGACUAUUGGGCGUCGCAUCGCUCUCACGGAUCAAAAAACGACGCAAGAAUAUUGACUGGAUGGUCGAAUUGCUCGCACAACGACUCAAGGCGCUCAUGGCGCAACAACAACGAGAUGCCAGCAACAAAGGUGCGGAAACAACCAACACCAACAACAAACAGGGCAUGAAAAAGACUCGAUCCAAAAGCAAAGUCAACGACCAACUCAACGACAAUACUACUAGUAUUCUACUAGACCAACAAGAGGAGCAACUAUUGUUGGACAAGCUCCUCGACAAUCCCAAUGACGCCAUUGAAAACAAGGGAGAAACUUUGUUGGAUGAACUCGUCGAGUGCUUUACACCGCCUGCAAACAACAAGAAUGCCUCGGAUGAUUCUUCUCUCCCAAUCGAUCCGGAAUCCAUUCAACUGAGUCAGGCCGUCAUGCAACAAUUACAGUCACUCGUCACAAAGAUUGCCGAUCGAUACAAGGACAAUUGCUUUCACAACUUUGCUCAUGCCUGCCAUGUCUCGCUCAGUGUCAACAAAAUUCUCAAUCGUGUCGUUCAUCCCGAUGCGAGCCGCGGCAAUGCCGAUAUACCGGCCUUUGGAUCGGCAGAAUUCUCCUUGGGAGAUGUACACAACUUUACACACGGGAUCACGGAAGACAAGCUCGCGCAUUUUGCCAUUGUGUGGUGUGCUUUGAUACAUGAUGUAGACCAUCGUGGGGUAUCCAAUGUCCGACUGGCAGAAGAGAAUCCUGCCAUGGGAGAACAGUAUAAGAAUCGCAGCAUUGCCGAACAAAACUCGGUCGACAUUGCUUGGGAUCUCUUCAUGGACCCUGAAUACCGAGACUUGCAAAAGUGCAUCUUCACCAAUGCAUUCGAAUUGAAUCGUUUCCGGCAGAUCGUUUGCAACGUCGUGCUGGCCACUGAUAUAUUCGAAAAGCAGGCCAAAGAGAUGCGGAAUCAACGAUGGGAAAAUGCUUUCCGGGCCAAGACGUUUGAAGAAGAAGAGUUGGAGUUCAAGGAAAGAUCGAGCACUCUGAAGAAAACCAUUGUCAUUGAGCACAUCAUUCAAGCUUCGGAUGUGUCGCAUUGCAUGCAGCACUGGAGCGUAUACACAAAAUGGAAUGAAAACCUUUUCAGAGAAAUGUUUGAAGCCUUUGACCAGGGAAGAUCUGCUAACGAUCCCACCAAAGGCUGGUAUAAGGGAGAACUCUGGUUCUUUGAUAAUUACAUCAUUCCACUGGCGAAAAAGCUGCACGAGUGCCAAGUUUUUGGAGUUAGUAGUGACGAAUUCCUCAACUACGCUGAAAGCAAUCGCAGGGAUUGGGAACUCAAGGGCGAACAAGUUGUCCAGGACAUGGCCGAACGAUACCGUAAGCGCAAGGAAAUGGAGAUUGGAGGCCUGACCAAUGAUGAAAUCAAUAGUUUUUCAGCCAAGGAUCUUGAACUGAUCAUGAAGAAGCUGAUUGAACGAGGACGUAGCAACGUGAACGCCAGUGUGGAUCCAACCAAGAGCCGCAAUGCGGCAACUCAAGCAUGGAUGGAUGCCCUCGAGAUCUAUGAACGAGCCCCGGCCGCACCCGAGAUUCGGGAUAGAUCCAUCGUCUUCCCCGUGUACAGUGGAAUCUACUCUUGGCUGAAAGGUUGCAAUGUGAACAACGACGAGAACGGUUACUUUGUACAAAACUUGGCCCGAAAGUAUACCCGAGAAACGAAACUGUUCUACCGACAGAAUCCAAUCCACUUCUUCCGAGCCCUUCCGAUGCUUGCCGAAGUGACAGCAGGGAUUCAAGACUACGAAACGGCCCUGAAGCUCAUCGAGCCACUGAAGGACUAUUACUUGCCCCAAGAGCACUCUCGGGCAAUGGAGAAAGUUUACGGCGUGGACCGAUCGGCCGUGGCUUUUAGCAACGCGGCCAUGUGGCACGAGCAACUGGGUAAUACAAAAGAGGCGUUUGCCGCAGUGGACUAUGUGAUUGACAGUGUUCUUCCACGGAUGGAUCCCAAAAACACGCUGGGCAUGUUCGAGUUGCUGACACCUCUAUUUCGAGUCCUCAAGCCUCACGGGCAGAGCAAGCGGUGCUAUGAUCUGUUCAAUGAACAUGUCCGAACUGCCUUGUUUCGCAACCAUGGCCCCGAUGCGUUCACGCCCACGAAAUCCAUCCACGAUCCCAUUCUCUGGCUCUUUGGCAUGUCCCAUAAUGCGGAUGCCUUUGAGGAAUUCGACCAGGUUGUCGAGUAUCUGACAAAGGAUGAAGACAGUGGAAUUGUCUUUCCGUUCUUGGACACCAUUGUGUGCAAGACGACGGUGAGCCCCUCAACCAUGAAUGCUGAGCUGUGCCAUCUGGUGAUCCAACGACUGGAACGUGAAAAUGCUGAUACGGAGAUCUGCAAGCAGAUUGCGAAAAAGAGCUUGCGACUGGUUCGAGUAGCGGACAAGAUCAUCAAAGACACUGACGGAACGGUUCUUUGGCCGAUUGCAAACGCGUACCACGAGCCCCUCUUGAAAGAGAGCGAAGCAUUGGCAAAGAAGUACGGAGUGUUUUUCGAAGACCUGGAUGCCAAGGUCGAUUCUUCCGGGCUCUCAAUCAGUCUUCCGCCUUCCUACCUUGUAAAGCCCGUGGAUGCCAAGGAGUUUUUGUCUUGGGAAUCCACACUGUGA